AUGGCCGACCCCAUUGUCGAGGAGCUCAAGAACUUUACGGCGUGCGACGUCGCCGACGCCCUCCUCAAGCUCAAGGUGCCCAACGGCGGCUUUCUCGCCGGCAUCACCCUCUGGUCCCCCGAGCGCCAGGCGGGCGCCACCAAGAUUGUCGGCCCGGCCUACACCGUCCAGUACGCCCUCAACAGCGACCCGGCCCCCAAGGUCCCGGGCCACUACAUCGACGGCAUCCCGUCGGGCGCCGUCGUCUUCAUUUCGAGCCCCGACACGCCCAGCGCCGUCUUCGGCGGCCUCAUGGCCACGCGCGCCCAGGCCAGCGGCGCCGCCGGCACCGUCAUCGACGGCCGCCUGCGCGACCUGCAGGAGCACCGGGACCUGGGCUACGCCGUGUUUGCGCGGGACGUGAGCACGACGUCGCCCAACGCCGUGGCCAAGGUGGUGGGGAUUGAUGUGCCCGUGACCUUUGAGGGCCCGUACCGGCAAGGGGUCACCAUUGCGCCGGGCGACUACGUCGUGGCCGACGUGAACGGCGUCGUGGUGCUGCCCAAGGCCCUGGCAGCCGAGGCCUUGCCGCUGAUGGCGCCGCAGGUGGCGGCCGACCAGAAGAUGGCGGAGGCGAUCAAGGGCGGGAUGACGUUUGUGGAGGCCAGCAGGGCGUUUCGGGGCAAGUGA